CUGGGUUUCUAUAAAUUUGUGGAGUCAUUUGAACAACGAUCGGAUUGUGUGAAAUAUUGUGAACAUUUGGAUACAAGUGGAGAAUUUGGAAAUUGUUUGACAAGUUGUUCAAGAACUCCAAGAAGUGAUUAUUAUAAUGAUAAUUGUGAGUUCGGGAAAUAUGGAACUAUUUCAGAAAUCGGGCUGAAAUAUUUGUUUAUAGACUUAUGUUAAUUUUCAGAAUCUCUAGAGUCUAGAUUAUUUUCCCUAGUUUUGUAAUUUAAAAUUAAAAAAUAUUUCAAAAAAAGCGGUAUUUUCUUUGUAAUUUUUAAAAUAGUUUUUUCCAAAAAUUUUUGAAAUCAUAAAAAAUCUGAUCAAUUUUUCACACCGAGUCAAUUGUUAAAGUCUAUAAAAUUUUCAGGAUUAAAUCUGAAUUCAGUUUUGCAAAAUAACUUUCUUUAAAGGCGCAUACAGUAGUUUUCCCUAGCUUCUAGAUUUUGUAGAUCAAGGCGGUCAAUUUAAGUAUAAACAUCUUGCCUUUAAUUUUCAAAUUAGAAAAGUUUUGAGCAAUACUGUGCUCCCAGCCAUUUUUUUCAAAAUUCUGUCAAGUUCCUAGGUUUUAUGUUAAAUUUAGUUUUCCCAAAAAUAUUCCGAAUUUUUGCAAAAAAGUGUAGCAUUCUUAUAAUUUUUUUCAAAAUAAGUUUAUUUUGAGAAUCAAACUUUUGGAAUCAUUUUUCGGAAUUUUCAAUUUCGAAAUAUUAUUUUAACGGAAACUUCUGGUGAAUUACGUUGUCACAAGAAGAUCAAAUUUUGAAAAGUUUUCUGAAUUCAUAUUUUCUGAAAGACAUUGUUCCAAAAUUAUUUUUGAUAAUUUUCCAAAGUUUUGAAGUUUGGGAUCAACUUUGUGUCUGAUCCUGAAAAAUUGAACAUUCUAGACACCUCUAGGAUUUUAAGGCUCGUCUACUUGCCAAUUAGAAUGAGCUCUCAAAGCACACGGCUGAACUUAAAAGUUCAGAAUAAAAAAUUUAGAGUACAAUUUCAAACCACAUCGAUGAAAAAUUGACAGAAGCUUUUGAAUUAGGCGCAACAAAAACAUUUUUUUUUCCAAAAAAAAAUCUGAAGUCAAAUCCCAUAUUAAUAAUCAUAGAUCAAGUAAAAUGUAGAUGUUUAUUUAUCUCUAUGUCCCUCUUUUUUGUCCACCAAACAGUUGUCAAAUAAGAUGAGAUGUGAUUUUUCUUGUCCUCAUUUAUCUUUUAUUUUUCCAGUAUUCGCCUCUCCCCCUUUCGAUGUUCAAAUUGAAACAAAAAUCGAAAAUGUUGAUGGAAUUAUGUUGGAAACACAUUUUAAAUGGAAAGCUGAUGAACGAGAUUCUCGUCGAACUGGCUUUUCAAUCCGAUACACAGCAUUGAAUGAAACCUGCCAGAAAAAUUUUCCAGGAUUUUUCACCUCUUCAAUUUCCUCAACUGAAAGAUCAUUCAAAAUUCCAGCUGUUUUCAAUGGUCAUUCUCUAAUUAUCGAUUUUCUAUGCACAUAUCAAUUACAAAUUCGAUCAAUACCGUAUCCAUCCUAUAAUAACAAUAACAAUGAUUAUAUAAUUGGAGUAAAUCAUACUGUAGGUGAAUGUAUUGGAGAGUACUGUAUGUGUAAACCGGAGAAAAUGGAUGAAAUCAAGGAAAUAAAAAUUGAAGAAAUCUCAAAACAAAAUUAUGAAUUAUCUUGGAAAAUCGAGAAAUCAGCCAAUCUAUCAUAUUCAUUUUAUGUAGAUGUUUUUGAGGAAAUCGAAUCACCUUUGGAAAAACUUCGCGAAAAUCAUAACAAAGAGAAAGACUACACUUAUGAAAUUGCGAAUGAAGAACCAAUUAAAAUAUUAGAAGAAGAAUCAAAGAUUGGAGAAUCUUCCACGCAUAAAUUCAUUCUUCCUUUUCCAUUUGAGCCAACAAAACACUAUAAAAUCGGGAUUUUUGGGCUGAGCAACAAAUUUUGCCCGACAAAUGAGAUUUUUUAUUUUUUCAAUCCUAUUUCAUUGAAUAUCAGUGUGGUCGAAAAAAUUGUGGAAAAUGUGGAAAUUGAAAAGAAAAAUGCGACAAUUUCGAAUGUUUUGAAGACUUCAGCGAUUCAAGAUCGGAAUAAUAACAUAUUUCUGGAGUCGACCGCUUUUUUCGUGUUUUUCAUUUUGGUUGCCUGUAUGAGCCCAUUGUGCACGGCGUUUAUUCUGUUCCUUUGGAAAAGGUAGGUCAAAGGUCAUGGGUACUGUACCGUUUGAAAACACGACAAAAAAAAAUCGAAAAAAAAAAUGAAAAAAAUGCAACGGAAUCUUCAAUUUAAGAUCGUCAUUUUAAGAAUUCGAAUGUCUCUUUUUACCGCUCUUAAAACUGAGCGGAAUCGCGGAGCGUCGUUGUUUUCGCGAAAAUACCAUGUUAUGGGGCAUUUUUCAUAGAUACUGAGCAAAAAGGGUUUUUCACUGCCUAGAACUAUCAGAAAAAAAUUAACUCAUGAUUUUUUUGGUCCAAAAAUGUUGGUGGUCUUUUUUUUUAAAAAAAACUCUCCCCAUUUCAGACGAAGCUCCAAGAAAAAACUCGAGACUCGUUUUCUGAAUCGUCGAUCGAUUUCAUGCUCUCGACACAGUAUUAUGGAGACAAAUAUAUUAUAUCGAUCACCACAGGAUAUCAAUGGAGCAGCGAAUGCUGAAUGGAAAAUCAGAGGGCAGGAUAUUGCUGUUGGAACUGUUAUUGGUGGGUUGUUUUGGGGCAGGACUGAUAGGAUUUAGGAUUUCCAGGCUUGGCUACUUGCCAGAGUGAAUCUCUAGACGCUGGUUCUAGACAAUUAGAUAGUUUAGGCGAGGCUCCUUAAGAACUAGGGUUUCUAGGUGCUGACCCUUGGAAGUUCAAGUUUCUAGGCGCGGCUACUUGACGUAUGAGCGAAUCCUUGCCACAGUGAAUCUAUAGAUAUGGGUCUUAGAUGAUUAGGUUCUUUGUGCGCAGCUCCUUGAGAGCUAGGAUGUCUAGGCGUCGACCCUUGAAAAUUCAAUUUUCUAGACACUGAAAAAAAAUUAAAACCCGAAAUUUUCGAAAACAAUUUUUUGCGUGAGAUUUUCACGUACGUCAUUUCUCAAAGUUAUAAUUCAUUUCAUUUUUUUCUUAGGCGAGGGAGCAUUCGGUUUGGUUUUCAAAGGAAUUCUUCGCGGACCAAAUGGACAAGUUGUUCGAGUUGCUGUCAAACAAUUAAAAGCAAAUGCUCUCGAUGAAGAAAAAGAGGAAUUUGUGCAUGAAAUUCAAAUGAUGCAAACUGUUGGACAACAUGAGAAUAUAGUUACAAUGUAUGGAUAUUGUAUGGAUGAUAGUUUGCAAUGUAUGAUUAUGGAAUAUGUGCCAUUUGGAGAUUUGAAACAUUAUUUGCAAAAUUAUCGAAAAGAGGUUUCUCCUAAUAUUAAUUUUUCCUAAUAAUUUUCAAAUAUUUUUGUUUUCAGCUAGUUUCAUCAAAUCCUGAGGACACAAAUGAUGAAAAAUUGGGCUUGGAUUUAAAUGAACUUCAAUCAUUCGCUCAACAAAUAGCAAGAGGAAUGGCACAUUUAGAAUCGCGAGGAAUAAUUCAUCGAGAUUUGGCAGCGCGCAAUAUCCUAGUCGGAACUGGCAAAAUUUUGAAAAUUUCGGAUUUUGGAAUGUCUCGCCCGGGUGUUUAUGUUAAAACAAGUCGCGGUGUUAUUCCACUUCGUUGGCUGAGCCCUGAAGCAAUUAAAGAUAAUACUUAUUCAUCGAAAAGUGAUGUUUGGGCAUAUGGAGUUCUUCUUUGGGAAAUUGCAACACUUGGUGGUUUUCCUUAUAAUAAUAUAGCGGAUAAGGAUAUUUAUGCGCAUUUGAGUGAAGCGAAUCGAUUGGAAAAACCUGUCAAAUGUUCGGAUGAAAUGUGAGUUGAAUUAGAACACUGUUUUAAGUAUACCGAAAAUAAAAAAAUUAAAAUUCAGAUACGAUCUAAUGAAAUCAUGUUGGGCGAUUGACUUCAACGACAGACCAUCGUUUUUCGCAAUUUGUCAACAUUUUGAUAAAAAAUCUGAUAAUUCAUCGAUAGUUUGA